AUGGCCGAACCCGUCCUCUCCACCCCGCGCAUCCUGGCCCCGCACCUCGACUCCUUCACCUCGCGCACCGUCCGGCUCGUCGGACGCGUCACGCAGCUCCGCGGCGACCGCGCGACCAUCGACUGCGGCGGGAACAUGACGGCGAUUCUGAACCGCGAUGCGCAUCUGACCGUCGGUCAUGCGGUGGAGAUUGUGGGGAAGGUGAAUGGGGAUUUGAGUGUCAAGGUGUUGAGGAGUACGGAUUUGGGGAGGGAGGGAGCGAUUGGUAUGUAAAAUUUACUCUGUAGAUUUAUGGAUGGUGAUGGGGAGGGGGAGGAUGUGAAGGGGGAGGGUGGAAUUGGAUGGGGCUAAUUGGAAGAUAGAUUUCGAGGCUGUGAAUGCGGUUGUUGAUGCGACGCAUCGGUGUAAGGAGAUUUUNGAGGGGGAGGAUGUGAAGGGGGAGGGUGGAAUUGGAUGGGGCUAAUUGGAAGAUAGAUUUCGAGGCUGUGAAUGCGGUUGUUGAUGCGACGCAUCGGUGUAAGGAGAUUUUUUACGCGGCUGGUUGAGUGGAUGCGGCGACUGAAUGGAGACGAUGGAUGAUCGGUUUAUGGUUUGCAAUUGUAGGUAGGAAGGGACGAGGAUACGAUACAAUAUGCUACGACGGAUUGCUGUUAUUGAGAGGGGAAUUGGAACUCUGGAAUUGUCUACCUACACUACCAUGACGGGAAAUUAAGGCUGGCUUUGGCUUUGGCUUGCUCUAUUAAAAGGGCAGUGGUAUUCCAGCGAGUGGUGUUACGGCCAUCGAGGUUUGUAGUGGCCUGGUAUGUGUUAUUUUGCCUGGAUUGAAGGUGGUGUAUGAAUCACCAAAAUCACAAUGCUGGUACAGUUUUUACUGCUAUAAUAACUACCCGAGUUUGGUUUCUUGAUUGUAUUAUUCUCUAAAGAAUUAAAGUUUAAAACAA